AUGGCUUCUCAACCCAUUGCGCCCAUCGAGAUCGGAUCAUUCACUGCAUCAUCUCGCCACAAGACCGAAUUUUUAGGUAGUGCGAGCGGAGUGUUCUUUGUCAAGACCGUCUUCCGCGCUUUCGCACGAUCCGCUUCAGGCACGAUCAAUGAUAAGCACAGCAAUACAGCUCAACAGCCCUCGCAGCGAGUGGAUGACGAGUCGGUCAGUAGCCGUCUGAUUGACCCAGAGACGCCAGCAAGGCCAGACACCGACAGUCCCGUGGUGAGGAUAGAGCUUGAGGAUCUAGACCGUCAUCCCUCGGCCACAUCGCCACGAACAUACGGCAUCAAGGGCCAUGGUCUAGGUAUUGCGCCCAAGCAGGAGGUCGCACAGGAGCUGUUCAGCAUCUACCUUCGGAACUGGCAUCCCCUGUUCCCUUUUCUUCAUGGCCCCACCCUCCUUGAUACGAUGCUGAGCUUGUAUGAAAACGAUGUCUCAGGAUCUACUCAGUCGGCACGGUCUUUGCAAGAUCGCAUCUGCAAGGCUGUCAUUUGCCAAUGUGUCUUCAACAUUGCUGCCGUCGACUGGCGCGACCAGCAGCUCGCAGUUGAAUCACGAAUAGCAUCCCCAAUGCAGAUCCUCUCAUUGUUGGGCUUUCUUGCGAGUAACCAUGACCUGCAGUCACUCCAGGCUCUGUUGGCCGCAGAGCUGUACCUCCUAUGCACCAUGUCUCUCCGAGCUGCUUCGACGAUUGGUGGCACUCUGACCAGGCUCAUCUACCAUGCAGGCUUGCAUCGCUGCCCCUGUCGCUACGUACAGAUUCCAGCAGAGGAAUGCGACAUGCGCAAGAGGAUCUUUUGGACCGCUUACAUCCUGGAUCGCUAUCUGAGCCAGGCACUAGGACAUCCACUGUCGUUCCAAGACUCGGAAUUGGACGUUUGCAUUCCAGGACAAGGAGAGUAUCACAAACGUGUCAUGGCUCGACCGCACAACCCCAAUUCAGCAUUGGCAGGCGGGGAUGAUGUACUCGAUCACCUCCCUCAGACACAAGCAGACGAGCGACAAACCGCCGAGGGACAUGAAAGAACAAGAUCCUCCGAUCUGGGCGGAGCACGUUCCAAUGAUGAGUCAAGUUCCCGUCCUCAUCGCGAAGAUCACGGCCAUGCCUCGGAGAUUCUCGGCCACUACGUUCUGUACUGCCGCCUGACAGGGCAAGCGCUAGAGAUGUUCCACAAGUCACUCCAGAACCGCACCAUUAACAGGGAGAGCAUCAUGGAGUUGCAGUCAAAUGUUCACGCGUGGUGGAAUGAGUUACCCGCCAAACUUCAGAAUGAAUACGCUGACGGGCAAGGCGAAACCCCCUCGGCCUUUACCUUCUUCUUCAAUCCAAUCUACAACCAGCUCAUUCUCUUGAUCAACCGCCCUUUCUUGUCUCUCCCACCACAUAGCAUUGAAUUUCGAUUGAGCCUCCACAAUUGCAUCAAUGCGGCACGCCAGAUAAUCACAUCUUCAAAACGCCAGGUCCAAGCGAAAAUACAGGUUUCAUGGCCUGGGAUGCUCUCCAUGAGUAAGGCACAACAGGAAAUCGAGGACUGUGUUCAUGGUCUAUUAGCCAUGGACCAAAAAUGGAACAAUGCCCGACAUUGCGCUGCAGCAUUGAAAAGUCUUCUAGGUCACCUGAGCGACCAGUACCGGGAUUCGUCGAGGCAGUUGCGGAUGGAACAUAACAACCCGAGUGCUCCGGAAGCUUCGAGUUUCCAAAGGAAACGCCUGACUGCGGAGACUAUUGAUCUCGAUCCAGAUCUGCGAUCUGCGAAGAGGGCGAAUCGGGCCUCUUCGUCGGGGCCAUCUAGCUCCAAAAACAGUGAUAACAAUCAAGUGUUGUCGCAAAGCCAACGAGUGUCUGAUGUCCAAUUCUCUGACGCACAGGCACCGCCUAUGGAUUUCUCUGCCAAUGAUUCAGUAUUUGGCCAGAUUGACCCACAGUACUCGCAAGUAAAUGACGGUGAUUUUUUGUCAAUGCCCACAGCUGCAGAGUUCUAUGGCAAUCUAGACGGUGGGUUUGGCAAUAUUGAAUGGGAAUCCAUGGCCAACAAUUGGGGUUCCUUCCACGAUUGGGGAAGCUGGGACAUGCCGGAUCUCUGGGACCAGUGA